AUGGAUCAACCAGACAAUAUUUCCGUAUCUUCAAGUGCCAGUACGGCAUCAUCAAAGGCAAGAGCAGCAGCCAAGGGUGCAGCUUUGAAAGUUAGACUGCAAAGACUGGCCCAGACAGAAGCACUCGAACUGGAGGAGCUCAAAUUAAGGCAACAAAGGAUACGUUUCGAACAAGAAACUCAGCUUGCCGAGUCAGAGGCGGAAGAACGGGUAUAUGAAGCCCUAGAGUCAAAUCCAGUUGAAGAUGUCACAAAGGGAGAGGAGAAGCUGGGAUCUCAAGUGCUGUCGUUUGAAGACCCAUGGUGGUCAGCUCAACCCCCUCAAGGAAAUGCGAAUCUUCUUUCUCCACUCGGUGUGAAUGAUGUGACUUUGCCAUCCCCAGCACUACCUUUGACAACAGGUCAAUCAGGCACUCCUCAGAGCAAACAACAAUCCGCUCAUGUGGAGGAGCAGUUAGUUAACGUCAGCCAACAGUCUACCAAGAGUCAGUCUGAUCAAUCAGCAAAUGUGAUCACUGAAAUGGGCAACAUAAUGUUCAGAAAAGAGCUAUUGAGUUCCAGUCUUCGAACUUUCAAUGACAGUGCAACUUCUUACAGGGCCUGGAAGGCAUUAAUGAUGAGCACUAUAAGCGAGUUAAAUGUACCCCCCUCACAAGAGGUAAAUCUGAUUAUGCGAUGGUUGGGAAACAGUUCACGAGAACUGGUUACACCACUUCAAAGUGUUUAUGUAGACAAACCAAUCGAAGCUCUGAAACAUAUAUGGAAUCUCCUAGACCAAACAUAUGGUGCAGUAGAGGUGAUUGAACAAGAUUUGAUGAAUCGUCUACAAGAAUUUCCAAGGUUCACCAUUAAGGAAUCAAUCAAGCUGCAGCAUUUAGAUCACCUACUUCUAGAAGUUCUUCACAUGAAGGAGUCUGGAAAAUAUCCUGGUCUUGCCAGCCUUGACUCUGCCCAUGGGCUCAAUGUAGUUAUACAAAAACUACCUCCAAGCCUGAAAGUUUCGUGGAUGAAGCAUGGUGCUAGUUUCAAGACAAACAACAACGUUUUAUUUCCACCAUUUGAAGUAUUCUACAAUUUCAUUCAUCAAGAAUCAGUAAUGAGAAAUGAUCCAAGUUUCUCUGUAAUUUCCAAUCAACAAAAGGAAAGUGGUAGAUCGUUUGCAGUUAGUGUGUCGCCUCACAUUUCUGAAUCAAAACCAUUUAGAAGGAACUGUCCCCUGUGUAGUUCUUCACAUUGGCUGUCACAGUGCGGGGAAUUCAAGGAGAAGUCAGUUGGGGAACGUAGGAGGUUUGUGCAAGAAAAGAAGCUGUGUCGCAAUUGCCUCAACCCUGGUCAUUUUGUUAGUACUUGCAGAAAAGGAAGUUUUUGCAAGCUGUGUGCUGAUAAGCAUUCAAGUUUUCUUCAUCCAGUUACGACACAUCAAACAACCAUACCUAGUAAUUCGCCAGCAUCAUCUUCAAUUCAAGCUCAAAAUCUGAGUGAGUCGCAUCAGGGUACAUCUACAGCCGUUACUUGCAAAAAUAGCAUCAUUGGGUUUGCAGCAGUGCCUGUCAGUGUUAGGUGCUCAGGAGGAAGAAAAACUGUAAAGACAUAUGCAUUCUUGGACAAUGGAUCAAACAUAAGUUUCUGUACUGAAUCUCUCGCUCAGAAAUUAGGCGUCCAGGGUAAGAAAACCGAAAUUGACUUGAAGACAAUAGGCCGCACAUCUACCAAUCAACGGAGACUACUAACACUUGAAAUCUCCAAUUUGAAUGGGGAUAUUGUCGUUAUGGCUCCCGAAGUAUUUACUAUUCCAACUUUGCCAGUGGACAGCCACACAAUUGCUAAGCAGGAAGAUAUCAAUAAGUGGCCACAUCUUGAUGGUGUUCAGGUGACAAAUAUUAAUGAAGAAGUUGGACUAUUGAUUGGCACUAACAUUCCAGAACUGCAUCAACCCCUUGAGGUCAAAACAUCAACUAAUGGUGGUCCCUAUGCUACACGAACAUUGUGUGGUUGGGUUGUCAAUGGUCCAUUAUAUAUAGGCCAACAAGAGAACAUGUGUAAUUUCAUUAACUCCAAUAGGCAAUGCCUAGAGUAUUCUCCUCUUGAUGAACAAUUUAAAACAUUUUGUAACAUUGACUUCAAUGACACCAAUGUAGGAAAAACUGUGAUGUCUCGUGAUGACAUGAAGGCUAUCAACAUCAUGAAACGAUCAAUUUGCUUCGAAGAUGGUCAUUAUCAAGUAGCUAUGCCAUGGAAGACAGAUCCUCAAGUGCUACCCAACAACAAGUCAAUGGCCUUGAAAAGGCUGAAUUCUCUCAAGGUUCGACUUGAGAAAGACUACAUUCUAAAGGUGAAGUACACCAAGUUCAUGGAAGGCUUAGUCCAGGACGGCUAUGCUAGAAAGGUGUGUUCCGCUGUAGGCCAUGAAUCAAGGUGGUUUCUACCACAUCACCCAGUCAUACAUCCUCAAAAGCCGGAGAAGGUGCGUAUAGUAUUUGACUGCUCAGCAAAAUACAAAGAUGUUUGCCUCAAUGACCUUCUUCUACAGGGGCCGGACUUAACCAGUUCCCUAAUGGGUGUGUUGAUGCGGUUUCGACUCAGUCAAGUUGCCUUCUCGGCUGAUGUUGAGAAAAUGUUCUACCAAGUUAGAGUGCCUGAAACUGACUCCCACUACCUAACUUACCUUUGGUGGGAAAAUGGUAAUCUGAAUAAUUCUCCACAAGAAUAUCAAAUGCGGGUACAUCUUUUUGGUGGACGAUCGUCACCAAGUUGUGCCAAUUUUGCCCUUAGAAAUGUGGCAAAGGACCGUGCAGGAGAACAUGAGCAGACUAUCACUAAUACUAUUGAAAACAACUUUUAUGUUGACGACUGUCUCAAGUCUUUAGAUAGUGAAGAUGAGGCGAUUAGCACUGCUCUAAAUCUUAAGCAUCUGCUUGCAAAGGGUGGUUUCAACCUGACCAAGUGGAGUUCAAAUUCCGUAAAGUUAUUGAAUGCCCUUCAACAGGAUAAAUCAAAGGAUCUAUCAUCUCUGGGAGGUGGUGACUUGCAACGGGCUCUCGGAGUCCAGUGGUUCAUCAAGGAAGACAGUCUUGGCUAUGUUAUCUCUCCAAAAACCAAACCCAGUACACGCAGAGGUAUCUUGUCAGUGGUAGCUUCGGUGUAUGAUCCAUUGGGAUUGGUAUCUCCAUUUAUACUGAAGGCAAAAUUUCUGCUUCGAGAACUGUGCUUACUUAAUUGUAAAUGGGACCAAGACAUUCCUAAGAAAAUCGAGAUUGAGUGGAACAAAUGGCUGUCUGACUUGAGCCAUCUGACAACAUUGAGAAUUCGGCGUAGUUAUAAAGAGCCGAAACUUGGAGCGGUUGUGUAUCGAGAACUACAUCACUUUGGUGAUGCAUCAUCAACGGGUUAUGGUGCUGUUUCCUAUAUUUGUCAAGGAGGACUGUUACGUGAGAAAGCGUUGGCGCCAAGCACAAUAUCUUGCUGA